GCCAUGUGAUCACAAUUUCCCCACCUCCUCUGUUAGAGCGUCCUGAUGAUUCGUCUCUAUCUCUGUAAUACGAGUUAAGAAAAUCCUAUCAUGAAUCAGAGUGCGUCAUCACUUUCGUGCGCGGUAAGCGUGAAAGGACUCCUGCCGAGAGGAACCUAUCAAAUGUGCGGUGAGCGGGAUCGCAUUCGGACCCCAUUAUGCAAGCCGCCGCACGUGGCAGCUGUUAUAUGCAUGCAGUGCCACCCGAGAGCCAGGCUCAGAGCUUGCCGCUCUUAUCGUAGUAAUAACUGCUGCUAUUGUCCCAAAAUCGGGCUCCAGUCUUACAUGACGCGGCGCCUUUGCUUUAUCCAGUUCGUUCAUCACACACCGCGUACGUUUGUUACACAAUUUAGCUUGGUCAUAAUCUGGGGCUUCUUCGUCAUCUUUUCGUGGAUUCGUUUAUUGUGGAGUUUGAGUAAAAGGCGCGAGUGGAUUGCGUGAAUCACGUGCGGGGUCGUUGCACCGUCGAUUAUUCGUCUCUGUGCCCUAGGAACAAUUUGAACUUACUCCAAGGGCGAUUUCAUAGAUUACGCUCUCGACACUAGCUCAGAUUCAGAUGGGAAAGCCAGGCAUGAAU